AUGAAGAGAAGUGAGGCUAUGCUGCGACUAGCCUUAAAUAACGAUAUUAUUAACAUAACAUCUAAUAGGGAAACUUUUACUGAAGAACCGUGUACUUCAAAUUACAGAAGCAAAGAAUCUGAUGUAGCAAAAAGUAAUAUUCAGCUUGAGUAUGACAAAGAAAAUUUAAGAUCCUCAAAUAAUAUGCAAAUCUCCAUUAAUGAGCAGUGUGAAGGAUGGGAUAAGAGAAACGCUUCUGAAUUAAGUGAUGUGAUAGUAGAAAGCGAAAACAAUAAAACUGGUAGCUCAUACUCGAACUACAGUUCUUCCUCGUCAUCUGAUUCUUCUUCCUCAUCGAACUCUUCAAGUGACGAAGAUAGCGAUGACUCUGUACGCGAUCCCAAUUUUGUCGCUGAACAGCUUCCACCCCGAAAUUCUUCCAGUGAGUCUGAUUUAGAAGACAAUAAUGAAAACGUUCCAGUGACCAGUGAGUCGACUUCAUCAAACCUUACGGUAUCAAUUGCAAGUACAUCUAGAUUAUCAUCUAGAAAACGACAGGCUAAACCAGCAGAAUGGAAACAAAAUAAAUCUAAAAUUCUUAGGAAUUCUGGCGCCGCUUACAUUAAUGUUAAAAACGUACAUAUGAGGGAUAUUAAUAGCAGGGUAAUAAAUACGGUAAUUUCUAAAAGAACUUCGAUAAACACCGUUGAAGAAGAUAAAAGGGGAAAACACCAAAACCAUCAUAGUUUUGCCUGUAGGUGUCAAAGAUUCAGUACGUAA